ACCUGUUUCUAUCUCCGCAACCGCAUUCUAGGUUACAUUCUUAUUUGUUGAUUUAGGAUAGGUUUUGGAAAAAUCGUCUGUCUGAAUGUAGUUUGUUCCAAAGGAGGGUGACAUCCAUGGGAUUUUAAAAAUCAGUUGAUUUGGUUACAUGAAGUUGUGUGAAUUGUGAUAUAAGUUUUUAUACUUUGAAGCUUCAAAGCAAUUUGGAUUACCUUUUAAACUAGUUAAAAUAUUAUUAUGCCAGAAAUUCAAAAGUGCUUUGUAGAAGUUGAACAAAUCAGUCAGCCAUGCGUAUUGCAGAAGUCGCUGACAUUUGCAUCAAAGUCGACGUGAUAUGAAUGUGCAAUCUGUGAUGAUGAGAGAGUUUUUGUGGAAAAAAGGAACCGAUUGAAGUUUGAGAUUAGUCUUUUCGAGAUAUAAUGCGAAGAUAAAUAUGGCAAUUUGAAGCAUGUCUUUGAAUAUGUCGAUCAGUGCUUCCUCUCAUCUCCAACAUCAGGGUAACAUAAAUUACCACAUGUUUUUAUCUCAGUCCAUAUUAGUGUAUUCAUAGAAAAGAUCAUGUCAAGAAAGUGUCAUUUUUGUAUUCAUCAGGAUGGAGCUUAAAGUAUGGGUUGAUGGAAUACAGAGGGUUGUUUGCGGAGUCACAGAUUCUUCUACGUGCCAAGAUGUUGUUUAUGCCUUGGCUCAUGCCACAGGCCAAACAGGUCGCUUUACUUUGGUGGAAAAGUGGAGGAAUAGUGAACGUCUGCUUGCACCCCAUGAACAACCUUUGAAAGUCCUAACAAAAUGGGGUGAAUAUGCGAAUGAUGUGCAUUUUGUGAUGCGAAAAUCUUCUAAUGAAGGAAAGCAAUUAUCCUCUAGUAAUAAUCAGACUCAAAACAAUAAAAGGCAGCAUGAUUUCCUUCGUAGCUUCUCACCUAGCAGUGGUAAUGGUAACAAUAAACAAAAAAUUCCCUUAAACAAUAAAGAAAUUAAAAAAUCUCUGACUUUUAGUUGUGGCCAUGGGAGUAGUGGUAGUGUCAGCAGUGAAAAUUCCACACCACCCAUCAUCACUGAAUGUGCUCAAUCGAACUGUGAGACCUCAACUAAUCGGAAUGCCAAAAACAGGGAAAGUCGUUCAAAGCAAGACCUUCCCAAGGGAGUCGUGAGAGGGAUACCCCAAAAACCUAGAGAUAGUGAGAGUCCGAAUUCAAUUGAUUCGAAAAUCGAAAGGCCAAAAUAUCCUCCAUCCUAUGAUGAGGCUGUUUCCCGUUCCAGUGUUCGUUUUCCAUCUAGUCAUUUAACUUUUGCUGCUCCAUCAACUUCACAAGAUGAUGAGUCUCCUUCUAGUAAGAGACCACAUCUUGCCAACAGAACUGACCAAUUCACGCCAAUAGAUAGGGGAUCUCCUACAAGUCAAUCGCAGAUCCCUAGGCAAACGAACAAUUACAGAAGUCCUCUAAAAGUUGAACAAAGUCUCGACUUUAUUGCAAAGAGUCCUGACCGCACAUCUGCUGCGAAUGAACGAUUGAGUUUGUCGCCAAGUAGAGCCAAAUCUCCUAGUAAAUCGCCUGACAAAAUUAUACAAACUAAUCAUAUUGAUGACUCAUUAAAGUCUAAGAAAGUCACUCCUUCUAAAGUGGAGAAUGAAAAACGAAUAUCCUUAGAAAACAAAAAUACUCCUAGAAAAACUUCUUCUCAAUCAGAUGAUACUAAUCGUGAUCCUCAAUAUCAAGAUUUACUUCGUCUUGUGUCACUUCAGAGAGAAAAACUUGAUAAUCAACAAUCGGAAAUAACACAAUUUGAUGCAGAAGUUAUUUACUGGGAAGGUAAAUUACAAGAACAGGAAGAGAAAUUGAGCCUCUUACAGGAGGAGGUGUGCCAUUUGGAAAGAACCCAUCAUGAACAAGAGGGAGAACUUAUUCAGUUGGAUCGUAGAUCUUUCAGUGAAGAAGUUGACUUAGGGCGUCAAGAAGAACGCACAUUGAGGUCUGAGCUCACUUUAGCCCGCUCUCAGCUGGCCAACUGUGAGACUGAACUUCUGCAGUGUAGACAGAGAAUUCGGCUUCUGUUAGAAGAAAUUGCAGAAGAAAGACGUGUUAAAUCUAUUAGAGAGGAACAAGACAAAAAAGAGCACGAAGAACAAGAAAGACACCUGCAAACUCAAAUAGAAUGCGUUCAAAAGCAGCUUAAUGAUAAAGUUGAAGAAUCUGAUGCUCAGAAGAAUACUACAGAGCAAGUUAAAGAAGAGUUGCAAAUGCUUGAGGCCAAAUUAACUGAUAAACAAAGAGAAAUGGAAAAAUUAAUGGAAGAAAUUCGAGAUGCCAACCUCAGGUCACUAUCAUUGAUACCUGCAGAAGAAGGAAAAUUCAUAGCUGAAGGGAACUUUUAUAAUCGACCUGGAAGUACACGAAAAAUAAUAGGUUCUCCUAGACAACUAGAGAAUGCAGUACCUACUAAUAAAAACCCUCACGGAGUUUGGGUUUGAUGUUAAUUUUAAUGGUUUUAUUAGAGAAACAAAUUCUUUGCUUUUAAUUUUAUUCAAUUGUAGGUUGUUUUUUGAAGAAUUUUUUAGAAAGCAGUUUAGUUAUGAAGCUUAUAAUUUAGCAGUCUAACAAUUGUUAUUAAUUUAUUUUAAAUUACUUGGUUGAAAAAUGUGAUACAUUUCCAGUUGAUUUAAAUUUUAGCUUAUAAAUUGUAAAAAGAUUGUUUGUAGAUAUCACAUGUUUACAGUUUGUUACAUUGCAGCUAUUUAUCUUUUUAAAAGUUCUAUUUAAAAAAUUGUAUGAAAUAUGAGUAAUUUUUUAGUUGGUCAAAAUACCAAAUGAUUGUAAAAUUUUUUAUUAUAAAAAAUUAUACUGAUUUACUAGAUAUUUUUAAAACAGGCAGCUUAAAAUUUAUAUUAUUUACCUAAUAUUAUACUCAUUUUAAAUAAAAUUAUAAGCAUAAGUUUCUUGAGUACUUGUGAUGCAUUCGCUAUAAAAAAAUUUUGCGCAAAUUCAUUUUUGCUGACUAUUAUGGAGGAAUUAUGUCUAUAAUCAUAAAACAUUAUGUAUGAUUCUCAUAAUUUACAAAUUUGUUGCUUUAUUCAAUUUAUGUAAAUACAAAUAAAUUUACAUGUAUGAAAUAUUUUUAUGUAGUAACGUGCCAUUGCUGAGAUGCGUAUAGCAUGUAUUAUGCAUUUUAUUUUUUGCUUUUUUUUUAACUAGAAUAUGUACUGUGUUAAAUACUUAAUUAUACAAUAAAAUAACAUGUGGUGUAAUUACAGAUUGUUUUAAUGUUAGUUGUUUUGUGCUUGUAUUUUAGAAAUGUUUUUGAAUUUAACACUGCCAGUAUGAUGUUUACCAUACUGUUAUGCAUUUGCAGUUAUAGUUUUAUGGGCAGAUUAAUUCUUAAAUAUUUUCCUAGUAUUAUCUGACCAAAAUAAGUUUCCACAUGUGUUAUGAUGAACAUUGAUUUAAUGAAUAAAAAGAAGAAAAAAAACUUGAACCCUCAAAAUACUCAUUUUUAUUCAGUGAUUGAUGAAUAAGAGAUAUAAUGUAAUGUUAUUUCUUAAACAUGUGUAUGAAGCUGUUUUAAUUCUAAAAAUGCUCAUGAAUGACUCUGAAAUAUUUAAAUACUUAUGUGUUGAAUAAAUUUUAUCAUAAAUUA